AUGUCUACUGAGCCUGAGAAGAUUGUUGAAAGCGAGCCCAAGGUGGAGGUGGAGAAAGAAGAAGCUGAGAAGAAGGUGGAAGAAUCUGCUCCUACUACCCACAAGCUCCAAUCUGCUUGGUCUUUCUGGUACGAUAAGAAGUUGCCCAGAGGUCAGCAGUCAGUAAACUACACGGAGAAUCUUAAGAGAAUCGGUACUUUUGAUACGGUGGAGGAUUUCUGGAGAUAUUAUAUUCAUAUGAAGCGUCCCUCUGCUCUGGAUAAGGAUUGCAAUUACUAUCUUUUCCGAGAGCAGCUUGUGCCUGCUUGGGAAACGUUCCCUAAUGGCGGUUGCUGGAUUUUAAAGGUCAAGCGCACAUCGGGUGUUCUCGGCAAGCUGUGGCAAGAUCUUGUUUUCGCUGCGAUCGGUGAAGCCUUUGAGGAUCCGAACGUGGUGGGCGUGAUGAUGGCCCGUCGCAACAAGGAGGACAUGAUCAGCGUGUGGAACAGCGCGAACACGUCGUUCUCGAGCAUCGGCGACAAGCUGCGCGAGAUUCUGGGCCUGGAUCCGUCUACGAUCGUGGAGUACAAGAUGCACAAGCAAAGUCUGGUGGAUGGCUCCACCUUCCGCAACGCGCAGCCCUACGUGUUCGCGGCGAAGCCAGAAGAGACCGUGGUAGUGAACGAGGAGAAGAACGCUUAAACUUACAUCCUUUU